AUGACUGACGCAGACAAGUUCCUGUAUGGGGAGGGCAGCACGAUGAAAAACCCCCUUGCUCAGGCUGACUGGGCCACCAAGAAGCUGGUGUGGGUCCCCUCUGAAAAGCUGGGUUUUGAAGCAGGCUCCCUCAAGGAGGAAUGUGGGGAGGAGUGUGUGGUGGAGCUGGUCGACUCCAGCAAGAAGGUGAGAGUGAACAAGGAUGACAUCCAGAAGAUGAACCCGCCGAAGUUCAACAAGGUGGAGGACAUGGCAGAGCUCACCUGCCUGAAUGAGGCUUCUGUACUGCACAACCUCAAGGAGAGAUAUUAUUCUGGACUCAUAUAUACAUACUCUGGCCUCUUCUGUGUGGUGAUCAAUCCAUACAAGUACCUGCCCAUCUACACAGAUGACAUAGUGGAUAUGUACAAGGGCAAGAAGAGGCAUGAGAUGCCCCCCCACAUCUAUGCCAUCACAGACACGUCCUACAGGAGCAUGAUGCAGGAUCGUGAGGAUCAGUCCAUCCUUUGCACAGGCGAGUCAGGAGCAGGCAAGACGGAGAACACAAAGAAAGUCAUACAAUAUUUGGCUCAUGUAGCUUCCUCCUUCAGGUCCAAGAAAGAUCAGGGUGGUGCAGUACUGUCACAUGGGGAACUGGAGAAACAGCUGCUGCAGGCUAACCCCAUCCUGGAGGCCUUUGGCAAUGCUAAGACUGUCAAGAACGACAACUCUUCAAGAUUUGGAAAAUUCAUAAGGAUCAACUUUGAUGUCAAUGGAUACAUUGUGGGAGCAAACAUUGAAACUUAUCUGCUGGAGAAAUCUCGAGCCGUCAGACAAGCUAAAGAGGAGAGGGCCUUUCAUAUCUUCUACUACAUGCUGACGGGUGCAGGAGACAAGAUACGCUCUGAUUUAUGUCUGGAGGACUAUAGUAAGUACCGUUUCCUAUCCAAUGGGAACAUGACCAUCCCAGGCCAGCAGGACAAGGAUUUGUUCACUGAGACCAUGGAUGCCUUCAAGAUAAUGAGCAUUCCAGAAGAAGAAAGAACUGGUUUGUUGAAGGUGGUUUCAGCUGUGCUGCAUCUUGGAAAUAUGAGCUUUAAGAAGGAGCGUCACUCAGACCAGGCCUCCAUGCCUGAUGAUACUGCUGCCCAGAAAGUGUGCCAUCUGUUGGGAAUGAAUGUGACUGACUUCACACGGGCCAUCCUGUCCCCUAGAAUCAAGGUCGGCAGGGACUAUGUGCAGAAAGCCCAGACACAGGAGCAAGCAGAGUUUGCUGUGGAGGCCCUGGCUAAAGCCUCCUAUGAGAGGAUGUUCCGUUGGCUGGUCAUGAGGAUCAACAAGGCCCUAGACAAGACUAAGAGACAGGGGGCAUCCUUCAUUGGCAUCCUAGAUAUUGCCGGAUUUGAGAUCUUUGAGCUGAAUUCCUUUGAACAGCUGUGUAUCAACUACACCAAUGAGAAGCUACAGCAGCUCUUCAACCACACCAUGUUCAUCCUGGAGCAAGAGGAGUACCAGAGGGAGGGCAUUGAGUGGAGCUUCAUUGACUUUGGCCUUGACUUACAACCCUGCAUCGACCUCAUCGAGAAGCCUACUGGCCCUCCAGGCAUCCUAGCUCUGCUGGAUGAGGAAUGUUGGUUCCCCAAAGCCACCGACAAGAGUUUUGUUGAGAAAGUGGUUCAGGAGCAGGGCACCAAUCCCAAGUUCCAAAAGCCCAAGAAACUUAAGGAUGAUGCAGAUUUCUGCAUUAUACACUAUGCUGGAAAGGUGGACUACAAGGCAGAUGAGUGGCUGAUGAAGAAUAUGGAUCCUCUCAAUGAGUCUGUGGCCAUUUUGCUCAACCAGUCAACUGAUAAGUUUGUCGCCGACCUAUGGAGAGACAUGAACCGUAUAGUUGGCUUAGACAAGGUAGCAGGAAUGUCAGACUCCAUGCAUGGUGCAUUUAAAACCCGCAAGGGCAUGUUCCGCACUGUGGGCCAGCUAUACAAAGAGCAGCUAGGAAACCUCAUGGCCACACUCAGGAAUACAAACCCUAACUUUGUCCGCUGUAUCAUCCCUAACCAUGAAAAGAAGGCUGGUAAGUUGGAGGCCCACCUGGUUCUGGACCAGCUAAGGUGUAAUGGAGUUCUGGAGGGGAUCAGAAUCUGUAGACAGGGAUUCCCCAAUCGCAUCCUCUUCCAGGAGUUCAGACAGAGGUAUGAGAUCCUUACCCCAAAUGCCAUUCCCAAAGGCUUUAUGGAUGGCAAGCAAGCCUGUGUGCUCAUGAUCAAAGCUCUGGAGCUCGACCCCAACCUGUACCGGAUUGGUCAGAGUAAAGUGUUCUUCAGGGCAGGGGUUCUCGCUCACCUAGAAGAAGAGAGGGACAUAAAGAUAACUGAUGUCAUCAUCAGCUUUCAGGCCUGGUGCAGGGGAUAUGUGGCCCGCAAAGCCUUUGUCAAAAGGCAGCAGCAACUAACAGCCAUGAAGGUGAUUCAGAGAAACUGUGCUGCCUAUCUCAAAUUGAGGAACUGGCAGUGGUGGAGGCUCUUUACAAAGGUGAAACCCCUGCUACAGGUGAGCCGGCAGGAGGAGGAGAUGCAGGCCAAGGAUGAAGAGUUGAUCAAGGUCAAGGAGAGAUAUUUGCAGGCCGAGCAGCAACUCCAGGAAUUUGAGGCCAAGCAGCAGCAGCUAAAUGCUGAGAAAUCAGCCCUCCAGGAGCAGCUUCAGGCAGAGACAGAGCUCUGUGCAGAGGCAGAGGAGAUGAGAGCCCGUUUAGCCACCAGGAAGCAGGAGCUGGAGGAGAUCCUCCAUGAUCUGGAGUCCAGGGUGGAGGAGGAGGAAGAGAGGGUCACCCAGCUGCAGAAUGAGAGGAAGAAGAUGCAACAGAACAUAAUGGACUUGGAACAGCAGCUGGAUGAGGAGGAGGGAGCCAGACAAAAGCUUCAGCUGGAGAAGGUUACCUUGGAUGCCAAACUUAAGAAGAUGGAGGAGGAUGUCAUGGUGAUAGAUGAUCAGAACAGCAAACUCAUCAAGGAGAAGAAGCUGCUUGAGGAGAGGAUCUUUGAGUUCACCUCCAAUUUAACUGAGGAAGAAGAGAAAUCAAAGAGCCUGCAGAAACUCAAAAAUAAACAUGAAGCCAUGAUCACAGAUUUGGAGGAUCGUCUAAGAAAAGAGGAAAAGCAACGCCAGGAACUGGAGAAGAACCGUCGUAAACUGGAGGGAGACUCCACUGAGCUCCAAGACCAGAUAGCAGACCUUCAGGCUCAGAUCGCUGAGCUUCAAGCACAGCUAGCCAAGAAGGAAGAAGAGCUGCUCAAGGCCCUCUCCAGGAUGGAGGAGGAGGCUUCAGCCAAGAGCAUGGCCCAGAAGAAGAUCAGGGAGUUAGAGGCCCAGAUCUCUGAGCUUCAGGAAGAUCUGGAGCUGGAAAAACAGGCUCGCUCCAAGGCUGAAAAAAACCGCAGGGACCUGGGAGAGGAGUUAGAGGCCCUCAAAACAGAGCUGGAGGACACUCUGGACUCUACUGCUGCACAGCAGGAACUGAGGGGGAAGCGUGAGACUGAGGUUGCCCAGCUUAAAAAGACUCUGGAGGAGGAGGCCAAGAUCCAUGAGCAGCAGAUGGCUGACAUGAGACACAAACACAACCAGGGCUUUGAGGAGCUCAAUGAACAGUUGGAGCAAACCAAGAGGAACAAGGCGUCUGUGGAGAAGGCCAAGCAGGCCCUGGAGAGUGAAUGGAAUGAGCUUCAGAUUGAGAUGAAGACAUUGAUCCAGGGCAAAGCAGAGUCUGAACAUCGCAGAAAGAAGGCUGAGGCUCAGCUACAGGAGUUGCAGGUCAAACACAGUGAGAGUGAACGGCAGAGGCAGGAACUGGCUGACAAGAUGACAAAGAUACAGUCCGAGCUGGACAAUGUCAACAGCCUCCUUAGUGAGGCUGACAGUAAGAGCAUCAAAGCCAACAAGGACUACUCCUCUGUCGAGUCUCAGCUACAGGAUACACAGGAGUUGCUCCAGGAGGAGACCCGUCAGAAGCUCUCCCUCUCCACCCGCCUGAGGCAGAUGGAGGUUGAGCAGAACAACUUGAGGGAGAUGCUGGAAGAAGAGGAGGAGAGCAAGAAGAAUGUGGAGAAGCAGGUCUACACCCUGCAGUCUCAGCUGGCAGAUAUGAGGAAGAAAAUGGAGCAGGAGGCCUCUUCCCUGGAGGGAGCAGAGGAGAGCCGUAAGCGUCUCCAGCGGGAGCUCGACAGUGUGACCCAGCAGCUAGAGGAGAAGACCUCAGCCUAUGACAAACUGGACAAGACAAAAAACCGUCUGCAGCAGGAGCUGGAUGACCUCAUUGUGGACCAGGAUCACCUUAGGCAGAUUGUCUCCAACCUAGAGCGGAAGCAAAAGAAGUUUGACCAGAUGCUGGCUGAGGAGAAAUCCAUUUCUACCCAGAAUGCUGAGGAGCGCGACCGUGCUGAAGCUGAGGCCAGGGAGAAGGAAACUCGGGCUCUGACACUGACUCGUGAGCUGGAGACCAUGAUUGACCUCAAGGAUGAGCUAGACCGGGCCAAUAAGAUGCUCAAGGCCGAGAUGGAGGACUUGAUGUCUUCUAAGGAUGAUGUUGGCAAGAGUGUCCAUGAGCUGGAAAGGUCAAAACGUGGCAUGGAGCAACAGUUGGAGGAGAUGCAAGUCCAACUGGAGGAACUGGAGGAUGAGCUGCAGGCUACAGAGGAUGCCAAGUUGCGUCUGGAGGUCAACCUGCAGGCCAUGAAGGCUCAGUUUGACAGAGAUCUGCAGACCAGAGAUGAACAGGGAGAGGAAAGGAGGAAACAGCUGGUCAAACAGGUGUAUGAGAUGGAGCUAGAGCUAGAAGAUGAACGCAGGCAGCGCUCCCAGGCUCUGUCAACUAGGAAGAAGUUGGAACUAGACCUGGGAGAGCUGGAGAGCCAGAUAGACUCAGCCAACAAGGGUCGUGAUGAGGCCCUCAAACAGCUGAGGAAACUACAGGCACAGAUGAAGGAGCAGUUCAGAGAGCUGGAUGAGUUGCGUGUAUCCAGAGAUGAGGCUCUUAAUGAGGCCAAGGACAGUGAGAAGAAGAUGAAAGGCAUGGAGGCAGAUGUCAUACAGCUGCAGGAGGACGUUGCAUCUGCUGAGAGAAGUAAGAGACAAGCCCAGAUUGAGAAGGAUGAGCUCCAGGAAGAGAUUAACAGCUUAAACACCAAGAAUUCUGUGAUGGCUGAUGACAAGAGGAGGCUGGAAGCGCGAAUUGCCCAGCUGGAGGAGGACCUUGAUGAGGAGCAGACAAGCACAGAGAUCAUCAACGACCGUCUAAAGAGAACUACCCUACAGAUUGAGCAGCUUACGACAGAGAUGUCUGCAGAGCGCAGUAAUUCUCAACGACUGGAGGGGGCACGUUCCCAACUGGACCGCCAAAACAAGGAGCUGAAGCUGAAGCUACAGGAGCUUGAAGGAACUGUCAAAUCCAAAUAUAAAGCCUCCAUUGCAGCCUUGGAGGCCAAGAUAGCUCAGCUGGAAGAGCAGCUUGACAUAGAGUCAAAGGAGCGUCAGCAGGCCUCCAGACUGGCCAGGCGGACGGAGAAGAGGCUGAAGGAAGUGAUGCUGCAGGUGGAUGAUGAGAGGCGCAACACAGAGCAAUACAAAGACCAGGCAGAUAAGAUGAACUACCGCAUGCGCCAGCUGAAGCGUCAGUUGGAAGAGGCUGAGGAGGAAGUGACCCGAACUAAUGCCUACCGCAGGAAGCUGCAGAGAGAGCUGGAUGAUGCUACGGAGUCAGCAGAUGCCAUGAACCGUGAAGUCAGCAGUCUGAAGGGCAAGCUCAGACGUGGGGAUGUGCCUUUCAACAUGAGACGUGUCCUUAAUCGCUCUGGCCUGGACAGUGAUGAGGACGUGGAUGUACAGAGUGAGGCACCCACUCCCACACAGGAAUGAGUGGAAAAGUGCAAAGGAGGAAACCGUUACAUACACUAGAAAUGGCUUUUAGUAGAUCUUUAUUAAAACGAUUAAGCAUUAGUCAUCCAAGCAGUGCAAGAUCUUUAUUAAAAGGAUUUGACCUUUUGUUCCCUCAUUGUUACUUAACUGUCAUGCAUGAUAAAUGAAAAGUAUUUUUUCUUAUUUCUAUCAUGAUGAGGCAAUUCAGAGAUUUAACUGAUUCUCAAAGAUAAGCCAUUGUCAUUUUUCACUCUUUGGUUAAUUUACCAGUCACUUUGCCAUUGUGUUUUUUGACAUAAAAUAUGUGGUUUAGAUGUCACUGAUAGCAUCCAUGUAAAAUGGGUUAUUUUCCCAUUGUGCCUUUCAGUCA